UUUAAUUAAAAGUAAUAUUUUUUUAGAGUGGCAACACAUAAUAGCACAGCGACAGCGAUAUGGAUUUUUUUCGCGCCGGCGCGAAUCGAAUCGUAUCGUAUUCGCGCUGACCAUUUACGUUGCUAGAAAAUGAAUUGAUUUAUAUUUUAUUGCCCUAUUAAAAUUGGUUUGUAAAAUGUUAAAGCCAAAUAUAGAUUCGUGAAGUUAAAUUUACAUAUAGCUGUAUGGGUUUUCAUAAUUAAGUGGAAUAUAAUAUAAAAAUCAUAAAGAUAUUCAGAAAUAUGGGUUCCUCCAUCGUACUUAAAAGCUUAUCCAUUUUAUUAGGAGUGUUUUUCAUAUUUGUGGGGAUAACUAAAUUGACCCCUUUCAUCUCCAAGGAGUUACAUAAAGAUUUGAGAAAAGAAUAUGUGAGAUAUGCAAAAGUGUUUCCAUUGAGUGAGACUUUUGACUUCAAGCUGCCUUCAAAAUGGUACCGCAGGGGAGUAGGUGGCCUCGAAAUAUUGUUUGGAUUAGCAAUGGCGUUGAUACCAAGCCAUAAGAUAAAGAACGUGGCCAACAUCGGCUUGCUAUCUCUGAUGGUGCUGGCCGCCUACUCGCACAUCAUGGUGGGGGACCCCUUCGACCGCUGCGCGCCGGCCCUGGUCUUCUUCUUCAUGCUGAGCGGACGCCUCGUCGUCUGGUACCAGACCAGUCGCCGGGAGGAGCUGGAGAAGGCCGCGGCCACCGCCGGAGCCACGCAGAAUGGCAACGGACUCAAGAGAGACUAAAUACAUUACUUAGUAUGUUUAACGAUACAGUUAUCGUUUCAGACUUUUGUAAUAUUCAGUAUAAAAUUGCACUUGCAUGUAACUGUGUAAGGUAUAAGAAGCAUUUCAUAUAAUCUACCCAACAAAUAAAUUCGAUCGCAUCUCUGCCAGAAAACUGAUGGCAAUGUUGAUGUUAACAGUAUGUUUAGUUAGUGCAAUGUAAACCAAUUCGUUUUAACUCGGGACGUAAACCAACGACAGUUACAUAAACAUUUGGUAUUUAAAAUAGAAAGUUCAAGUUGAUCGGUAAUUUUAGAUAAAUUAAGCCACGGAAGUAAUGUAUGUUUAAAAGUGAUAUUAAUAUUUAAGCGUAUGUGAAAGUGGUGGAGCGAUACUAGGUUCAUUUUGUAUGAGUGGGUUAUGUGUAUGUGUUACGUGUAGUUUGAUCUAAAAUUAACUGCCAUUAAAUAUUCGUUAAUAGGUCUAGUGAUAAUCCAGGCACAAAUAGGAGAUAAUGGUAAUAAUAAUGCACCUUUAUAUUGUUGUAAAGAUGGUUUGCUCAAAAGUAGAAAUAAAUUUGUCGUGUCGUUGCUUAUGUAAGAUGGAAUCAAAAUUAUCCAACUACUCAUCGUAAAUUCAAUAACAUUUAUGAUAGUCUUUCAGUUUGAUAUCUGUAGAAUUUAACUACAAGACAGAAAUAACUUGUUAUGUUUCUAGUCAUAAGUUAGAAUAUUUAAAACCUAUAUCGAUCGGCAGGCACCUACCAACAUAUUAUACUGUUCAAGACACUGAAGGAUACCAAUAAUCUCGUAAUCAAACUAUAACUGUUAAUGUACUGUGGUGUGUUUGGAGCAAUCGUUCAUGAUUAAAAGAUAACUAAAUAUUCAA